UGAAAGUGUGUCACAGAAGAAAUUGAAGACUAUUUUGGCAUGAACGCUGACACGUCCAAGUUAUGGGCUCUCGGUGCAUUGUCCGCGUCGCUUUGUUUGGUAACUUCUGUAGUAGCAUAUUUUACUUGGAACCAUUUGCAGUCAAAGAAUAGCAAGAAGAUAACUCACAAAGAAACAAAUAGGAAGAACAAAACCGGAAGGAAGAAAAAGAAGAAGAAGAAGACGAGUGGAGCCUCGAGUGCUUCCAACGAAAGCAUCAACGACGAUGGCAGUUAUGUAACUAGGCAAGAAGAAUAUAAUGCAGAAGACUCAGGCUGGACCCAAGUUCGUCCUCGAAGACGGAAAUUCAAAGCAAAGGAAUAGAGAAAAGUUGUCUCUUUAGGAAAAUCUUAAACGACCGUUGAAGUUAAAACACACAAGAGAAAGCCUCUUUUGUGUAGAUUGGACAACUAAUAAAGUAUUACAUGAACACUUGAGUAUGUGGAAUGCAUUGUG